CCAUGUACGACACUCCCUAAAACCUGUGCGGCUCCUCUCCAAAGAACUCCAGCGACCUUCCCCUGCUCCGAUUCAAGAGGCAAACCCCAUUCAGCCGUGGAUUUCUCCGAGUACACAAGGAUCCUUCUCGGUCCGAAAACUUUUUUUUUCUCUGAGCUGGAACUCACUUUAGAAAAUGUCUGCUUCGGUGCUGUCUUCCAUAUAUGACUUCGACAGGGAAAAAGUCCCGAAUUCGAAUGCAAUCUAUCUCCACAAUAUGCUGGAAAAGAGGAAUGUUGGGGUCCCGCUUGCUGCUUCCAACACCAACAGCAACAGGUCGUUUGGUUAUUUCAGGAGUAACUCGACAAACCACAUGGACUUCAACAUGAGCAACAGGCUCCAGAUCGGGUUUGAGAGCUCCACACCUGCCUUCAUGAAUAAAGAAAACAAGUACCGAGACCGCGCGUUCAGUGACGCGGGAGAACGCAGUCAACAGCUUCAGGAAAUGCUUCAGCAAAAGCCCGGCUCUCAGAUCAACUCCACCCGCUACAAAACCGAACUCUGCAGGCCUUUUGAGGAAAACGGCUCCUGCAAGUAUGGAGAAAAGUGUCAGUUUGCUCAUGGCUAUCACGAACUGAGAAAUCUGUCCCGUCACCCUAAGUACAAGACCGAGCCAUGUCGCACAUUCCACACUAUUGGUUUUUGCCCGUACGGCCCACGCUGCCACUUCAUUCACAACGCUGAUGAACGCAGAGCUGCUACAAAUAACACUCAAGCGAGGCUCAGCCAGGAGCUCGGCAUCCUUGGAGAGAAGGAGUCUUCGAACCCAUUCCUGAGACCAAGGGAAAGACCAAAGCUGCACCACAGCCUUAGCUUUUCCGGUUUCUCCAGCUCCCGCAGCAGUGACACGGCUCUGAUUGACAACCCAACAUCACGAACGCCCCCACCGCCCAACUGCUCGCUCACUCCCACCUCACCCUGCCUGAACGCCUUCACGUUCCCCGAUCAGGAUCUUAAGGCUUUUCUUGCCCCAAUCAUCCCUCAUACCCAAAGCAGCAGCUUGUACAGUAACAUCCAGACCAACGGCUGCCCGCCUUCACCACCUUUCAAAAUGAGCCACUUGCCCUCCAUGUAUCCACUCUCAGAGUCUCCAGUGUUCGAUUCUCCACCAAGCCCGCCAGAUUCCCUCUCAGAUCCUGAAGGGUAUCUAAGCGGCUCCUGCUGUUCCUCUGGCACAAUCAGCGGCUCGGAGUCGCCCAGCAUGGACGCAAAUAGACGUCUGCCAAUCUUCAGCAGGCUGUCGAUUUCAGACGAUUGACUUGCUAUUCUUAUUAUAGCCUUUUAUCCAAGUAGUGCCAACAUGAGUUUCAGGUCAAAUAUCAGUCUCAGCCGUUGGUGUUCAUCUCAUGAUUGAGAUUUGAUUAUAUUGUAUUUCUUCUUUUCUCUUUUUUUUCCUUUAACCAAGAUGAUUGCUUCAACAGUCUAGGAGCAAAAAAAAAAAGGCAUACGUAGAAGUAAAUCUUGGGAAAACAUUCCACAAGUUUGGAAGUAGUGUGAGAGCACAAGAACUGGGACUCAUAAGUUGGUCAUGGAAUGUCAUUGCAGAUUUUCGAUUUCUUUUUAAAACUGUGUGGUAUCAUUGCAUUUUGCAUCAUGCUUUGAAAUCUAUUUAACUUAUUUAUUGUCAUGUGAAAAAGUAUAGCCUUCAAGGAUAAAUUGAGUCCAUAUGGUAUUUAUCGAAUCUAAAAAAAAGCAAUACACUUAUAUUCCUGUUAAAAAUUGUGAUCGCCAAUAUUAACCUGGAAAACCGUUGGGUUUGUCUCACAAUAAUAUAUUUUUGUUAACUCGUUUGUUUUACUGUAAAUAGGUAAAUAAUUUAAGAUUGUAUGCUAUUUAUUUCAAUUUUGUUUACUGUGUGUAUAUUAUAUAUAAAUAUAUUAAAAAGUGGUAGCGUCUGUUGAGGUCACGCUGUGAUUUCUUGUGCUGGAGGGAGGAUCUAUGGGCAUUUCUAGAAUGUAGCCUGUCUAAUGAGGUCUUUUUGGCCAUGAAUAACUAACUCACUUCACACCUUAAAGUAUGACUUUUCGUUCGGUUUUUGUUUUUUAGCAACGAUAACAACCAAAAAAGCGAGAGAAAGUAUCCAUUUGCACACAGUUGCGUGACGAUUGCAGUCUAGUGCCAGAGAAUGUAGCACUCUCUCCUAUCUAGAGGUUAAUAACUAGCUAAUAUGUGCCUGCCGGGGUCGAGGAUCCCGCAUAGUUUAACCUAACACAGCAGUUGCUUUGGUGUAUAUCUAAAGCCAGUUGAAUUGAAUGUAGCUCAUAGAUCAAGAUGCCUUUUUUAUGGUGACUGAGAUGCUAUUUCCUUGUUUAUUUUUCUACUUUUUAGAUCGUUCAAUCGCACCAUUCCUAAUGAAAGAUGCUCUGACUUUGUGCUUCUCUAGACUUGCUGAGCUGACCAGGGAUAUUAAGUUUGUAGCUGGUUAAUAACUAUUACUUUUUAGAUGAAGUAAAGCAACACUGAAUGUAACGAGUCAACGUCAGCUGGAGUUGGAGUGUGUAUGCAAAGUGUGCAGAGUAAAUUUGUACUGUAUGUUGUUUUUUUUAAUUAUUAUUAUUUUAAUAUUUUCCAUAGAACUUCUAAUAAAGGCAUUUUUGAACAAGA